CACACGCCCACACACACAAAUACUGUGAGAACGUGAGUGACGGCGGGGACCAGAAGAAGACAGAGAAGAACUACACUUCUAUUAAAUUACGACAUUAAACGACAGUUCGUGAAUUUAACGCAGCAAACAUGUCUAAGACACCAGCAGUGGGCAUUGACCUGGGCACCACCUACUCCUGUGUGGGAGUGUUUCAGCACGGCAAAGUGGAAAUCAUCGCCAACGACCAGGGGAACAGGACCACGCCCAGUUAUGUGGCCUUCACUGACACUGAGAGGCUGAUCGGUGAUGCAGCCAAGAACCAGGUGGCUCUGAACCCCAACAACACAGUGUUUGAUGCCAAGCGUCUUAUUGGGCGUCGGUUUGAUGACGCUGUUGUCCAGGCAGACAUGAAACACUGGCCUUUCACUGUCAUCAAUGAUGCUUCACGCCCCAAAGUCAAAGUGGAAUACAAGGGUGAGACAAAGACCUUCUACCCAGAGGAAAUCUCCUCCAUGGUGCUGCUCAAAAUGAAGGAGAUUGCAGAGGCUUAUCUGGGCAAGACUGUAACAAGUGCUGUGGUGACCGUUCCCGCCUACUUCAAUGACUCUCAGCGUCAGGCGACCAAAGAUGCCGGAACCAUCUCUGGACUCAACGUGCUCCGUAUCAUCAACGAGCCGACCGCCGCUGCCAUCGCUUAUGGUCUAGACAAAAAGGUUGGCUCUGAGAGACACGUCCUCAUCUUUGACCUGGGCGGUGGCACAUUCGACGUGUCCAUCCUGACCAUCGAGGACGGCAUCUUCGAGGUGAAGUCCACAGCGGGUGACACCCACUUGGGAGGCGAAGAUUUUGACAACCGCAUGGUCAACCACUUCAUCUCCGAGUUCAAACGCAAGUACAAGAAGGACAUCAGCGACAACAAGAGGGCGGUGCGGCGUCUUCGCACGGCCUGCGAGCGAGCCAAGCGCACGCUGUCCUCCAGCACACAGGCCAGCAUCGAAAUCGACUCGCUCUACGAAGGCGUGGACUUCUACACGUCCAUCACCAGAGCGCGCUUUGAGGAGCUGAACGCAGACCUGUUCAGAGGAACGCUGGAGCCUGUGGAGAAAGCUCUGCGCGACGCCAAGAUGGACAAAGGUCAGGUCAACGAAAUCGUACUGGUGGGAGGGUCCACUCGUAUUCCCAAGAUCCAAAAGCUUCUGCAAGACUUCUUCAACGGGAAAGAACUGAAUAAGAGCAUCAAUCCUGAUGAAGCAGUGGCUUAUGGAGCAGCCGUGCAGGCGGCCAUCCUCUGUGGAGACAAAUCUGAGAACGUGCAGGACCUGCUGCUGCUCGACGUCGCCCCCUUGUCUCUGGGCAUUGAAACUGCAGGAGGAGUCAUGACGGCUCUGAUCAAGAGGAACACGACCAUCCCCACCAAACAGACGCAGACCUUCACCACCUACUCAGACAACCAGCCUGGAGUCCUCAUCCAGGUGUACGAGGGUGAGAGAGCCAUGACCAAAGACAACAACCUCCUGGGGAAGUUUGAGCUGACUGGAAUCCCUCCUGCUCCCAGAGGAGUUCCUCAGAUCGAGGUGACCUUUGACAUCGACGCCAACGGCAUUAUGAACGUGUCUGCGGUGGAUAAGAGCACGGGGAAGGAGAACAAGAUCACCAUCACCAAUGACAAAGGUCGUCUGAGUAAAGAAGACAUCGAGCGAAUGGUUGACGAAGCGGAGAAGUACAAAGCCGAAGAUGAGGUCCAGAGAGAGAAGGUGGCUGCCAAGAACGCUCUGGAGGCCUACGCCUUCAACAUGAAGUCCACGGUGGACGACGACAAGCUGAAGGGAAAGAUCAGCGACGAGGACAAGAAGAUGAUUCUGGACAAGUGCACCGAGGUCAUCAGCUGGCUGGACAGAAACCAGUCUGCAGAGAAAGACGAGUUUGAGCAUCAGCAGAAGGAGCUGGAGAAGCUGUGCAAUCCCAUCAUGACCAAACUGUACCAGAGCUCUGGAGGAGCAGCAGGAGGAAUGCCAGGAGGUUUCCCUGGAUCAGCCAGUGAAGGAGGAGCAGGCUCUGGUCCCACCAUCGAGGAGGUCGACUAAACCAGGCUUUAAACCAGAGUUAAAAAUCCUGAUUUUGAAAAAGUGCCAGAAACCAGAGUUAAAAAUCAUAAGUUUUAAUAGUGUUUAAACCCAGAGUUAAGAACCAGUUUUAAAAUCUGAGUUUAAUUCAGAGUUAAAAUUCCUGAUUUUCGAAAAGUCUUUGAAACCAGAGUUAAAACCAGAGUUUAAUCUAGAGUUUAAUCCAGUCUUGCUAUAGCUUGUUGUGUUCAGUGUAAACAUGAUGAUGAUGAGGUUAAUCUUCAGUUAUUUUUUUAGUUGCUUUGCUCAGACACUUUAGCUCCGCCUCCUCUGACACACACCUGUGUUGAUGGUCACAUGACCACAGAGUGGUGAGUGCCUUUGUUUCAUUUACUUUCACUAAUGUUAUUUUAUAAACUCAGACUCAAUAAAAACACUUUUGCACUUC